GGCUUCGCGGGGUCUCGCGGGGCUGGGUGGGGCCGAGGCGGGACUGCCGUCGGCUUUUCAGUGUCCGGGUACGCGUCGAGUACCCCGCGCUGCGGACCCAGAAUAAAGUGUUGGACCCGGAGAAGGAAGGGCGUGGAUGUUCGGGUCCCGGAGGGAACCUUGAGUGUAGCAUCCAAGAUGAAUGACAGCCUAUUUGUCAGUUUGGACAGGCUUUUGCUAGAAUUUGUUUUCCAGUAUGAGCAAGAUAUAAGUACUAAAGAAGAUAUGAUUCAACGGAUUAACAAAUGCUUUGAAGAUAUUAAAGAAAACAAGGCAGCUAUUUGUAAGAUACAUGAAACUAUAAAUAUGACAGAUGAGGAAAUUGGUCAUUACUGUAAACAUAGUGAGGAGAUCAAAGACAACUGUAGUAACUGGAAGCCAACAUGUGAUGUUUUUCAUAAACAUGAAGACUAUAUGCAGGACCAAUUUGCUGUUUAUCAAGAAACUAGUGAAAAAGACAAAAAAAUGUAUCAUGAUUAUGUAUGUCAGUAUAAAGAUGUUUUGAAGCAAUAUCAACUAAAAUACUCAGAAACACCUCUUUCACAUGUAUAUUAUGAGAAGAAAAAAGAACAUGAAGAAAUUCAAAAUAGAGUGUUGGCGUGUACUGAACAACUAAAAAUGAAUGAAGCUAUCUUUAUGGAACUUCUAGUACCUGCUCCUUUUCCAUCACUUACUAAAUGGACAUUACAUAUGGUUAAUGUGAGAUGUAAAACACAAAAUAUUCUUAAACAUGCCAGAAGUUUUUCCAAAAGUUCAUCUGAAUUGAAGAAAGAAGUAGAUGAAGUGGAAAUAGAAAUUAAUUAUUUAAACCAGCAGAUUGCAAGACUUCAUGAAACUAAGAAUCUUGCAGAAACUCUGGAAGAAAAAAAUAAAAAUAAGGAAAAGAGAAAGGAAUUGAAAGAAAGAAUUUUUGAAAAAGAUGAACAACAUGUACUUAUAUUGAAUAAAGCCCCUCAAAACAGUCGAUUAUUUCUUCCAUAUGAAUCUGAGAAAGUCAGACCAAUGAAAAUGCAUUCUUCAGAGGCAAGAGUUGUAGAUAAAAAAGAAGAAAGUUCUGUGAAACAGUCAAAGCUUGCCAAUAUUGACUUUAGGCAGAAAGGAAACAACAUGCAGGUACUUAAUGACUCUACUGUGAGUAAACAUUCAAAAUGCUCAAAUGCCGUGGCUAUUAAAAAUUCACAAAAUACGAUGCAUUUCAGAUUGUUAACCCCACAGAAACAAUCAAAUUGCAAUCAAUGGUUUGAAAAAGGAGAUACAGAUGCUGAGUGUGAAGAUAAAGGGACGGUAAGACCAUUGAGAGAAUUAAAAUGUACUUCACAAGUUAUAUGCGCAGAACGUUUUGGGAAGCCAAUAGAAGAUAAUAGUGAUGAAGUAGAAGAAAGGACUGAGAAUUUUCCACGAACUCCUGAAAUUCCUUUAUUUUUAAGAACUCCUGAAGCUGUGAAAACACCUGAACCUUUGGAGAAAUCAUUGUUUCCUAAAACCCCCUCUUUUGAAAUAAAUAGAAAUAUAAUGCCUGAAGGUCAAACACAAAAGGAAUCCCCUGGAUUUUCUUUUCUUAUGAAUUAUACUUCUAGAUCUCCUGGAUUGAAUCUAUUUGAUUCUACAUUUGAUUCAGAAAUCUCAUCAGAUCAGUUUAAUGAACAUUAUUCUGCGGGAAAUUUAAAUCCUCUUUCAUCACAACAAGAAAUUGUAUUAUGGAUGUACACUGAAGUCAGUGGAAAAAUGGAGAGAGGAAGAACUCAAGUAUAUGGAAACUUAUUUGGGAAACCAGAAGGAGAAGAUGCCUUUACAUUUUCUUUUUCAUCAGACUCUUCAACUCAUACAUUUGGAACUGGAAAAGAUGAUUUUAGUUUUCCAUUUUCAUUUGAACAGGAUCAAAACUCAACACCUUCUUCUGUAAAAGGUUUUUCAUCUUCCUCACAAAAUACAACACAAUUUACCUUUUUUUGAACUAAUUACUAAUUUCUUGAAUUAUUUAACUGCUCUGUAACCAUCUAGGGCAUAAAUUUACAUUAUUACUUUAAAAAUGAAGACUACUUUAUUUUGUUGGUUAAAGCAAUAAUAGGUUAGCAUAGUUAAAUUAUUUGAUUAUAUAUUUAAAUAUUGAUGGAAAUUAAGCCUAUGUCAUCUAAUUUUAUUUUAUUUGCAGCAUUUGCUAUCAUUAUUUUCGUUUUGAUUUUGCAAGCCAUAUUUAGGCAGAAUUAAUAGAAUUUGAUACUUUUCCAUUAAUAUUUACUAUAAAUAUUAAACCUGCUUCUCCCCAGAACCUAAGUUUCAUUCUUGUAGUAAUUUAGGUGCUUUGAUAAGAAUGAAAACUUCAGGCCAUCAGAAGAUGGCAGUAACUAUGCAGAAUUAAUGCUGAGGUAUACUUUGUACCUUAGCUACUAAAAAAUGCUCUUAAAAUUACUGUGCUUCACUAUAAAGAGUGGUGGUACUUCAAAAAAAAAGGGUGGUACUUCAAAAAAAAGUGUGGUACAUCAGUGAUAAUCUCACAUAAUUUAUUUUAUUGAUAGUGAAUUAAAUGUUAUUUUUUGAAUACAACAAAUAAUAAAAUUCUAAUUUUAUCAGUUAUUCUAAUAUCUUUAAUGGAAAGAAAUUAAUGUGAAGGGCUAGAGUAAUUUCUGAGAAUUAGAUUGUUGUAUUAAUGAUGAUACUGUUAUAUUUUUUGCUUAAACUUUUUUGAAAAACAUUUAAAAUUUUGUUUGCUGUCUCUAACAAAAAAACUCACCUUUAUGUUUUAUAUGCAGUAUUUGCUUGUCAAUUAUAUAGAUAAAUGAAGAUAUUUAAAAUUUGAUGAAAUUAUAUAAGCAUAAUGUUCAAUGUCUUUGUAUUUUGUAAAUUAGUUAUAUAGAGUUAUUGAGUAAUAAAAAGUCUGACUCCA